UGUGUGCGUGCCUGUGUCUGUGAGACUCCUGAGCUGCUUCAGCUCCUGCACAAUGCGAUCGAAAGCCAUGCACAAUAAAGACUGUGUCAAAGUGGCCGUCAGAGUUCGACCCUUCAGCAAGAGAGAAAAGGAUGCAGGUAGCCGUUGUAUCAUCUCCAUGGUGUCAAACGUGAUCACCAUCCAGGAUCCACGUGACUCACAAGGCCGCCGUUCCUUCUGCUUUGACUACGCCUACUGGUCUCACAGUGGAUUCACACGAGAUCCCAGCGGCCUCUAUCUGCCUGAAGAACGAGGGGGUCGAUAUGCUGACCAGGAAAGUGUGUUCCAAGACUUAGGAGAAGGAAUCCUGCAAAAUGCACUGCAGGGUUAUAAUGCCACAUUGCUGGCGUACGGGCAGACUGGUUCUGGAAAGAGUUAUUCCAUGGUGGGCUAUGGGCCGAACAAAGGUUUGGUUCCGAGGCUCUGUGAGCGCCUCUUUCAGGCCAUGAGAGAAAACCAGGACAGCAGGCAAUGCCAGGUCUUUUUCAGUAUGUUAGAAAUCUAUAAUGAGCAGGUGAUUGACCUGCUGUCUCGGGGAUGUCGUCCUCCAGGUGGGCUGAGAGUCAGAGAGGACCAACAGAGGGGGUUCUACGUGGAGGGUUUGCGCACAGUCCCUUGUGACAGUGCACCACAGGUGGAGCAGUUAAUGGAACAGGGGACACGGACGCGUACAACCGCUGCCACUCACAUGAAUGCCAACAGCAGUCGCUCGCACAUGCUCAUUGUCCUCCAGCUCAAGCAGAUCUUUUCUAAAGAGAACAUCACAAAGCAGUCCAACAUCAACCUUGUGGACCUCGCUGGCAGCGAGCGCCAGCGAUCAUCAGGCUCAGAGGCCGACCGCCUCAGAGAGGGCACGGCCAUCAACCUGAGCCUCACCACUCUGGGAAAUGUCAUCAGCGCCCUAGCCGAUGUGGCGGUGGGAAAGAAAGUCAUCCAUAUUCCUUACAGAGUCUCCGUUCUCACCAAACUACUGCAGUCUGCACUGGGGGGCAACAGUCGCACUGUCAUGAUUGCUGCGCUGAGCCCGGCUGAUAUCUGCUACGAGGAGUCUCUCUCAACACUGCGCUAUGCUGAGAGGGCAAAGCGCAUCCAGAACCGGGCGGUGGUGAACGAGAGCCCUACUGAGCGUCUGGUUAAAGAGCUGAAGGCAGAGAAUGCUAGGCUGCUGCAAAAACUGAGCCGGAUCAGCCAGGAAGGACGCCGAGCCAAUGACGAGACCAAGGAGCUCCGCCAGCUGUUGACACAUAAUGAGCUUCAGAUCAGAGCCAUUCAGACUUUGUGGGAACAGCACCUGCAGGAGGCGCUGAAGGACUGGGAGCAACAAUACGCCAGCAUCACACAGGAGCGGCGAAUGAUGCAGAUGCAUCCUUACAUCCUGAACAUUAAUGAAGAUGCUCAGCUCUCAGGGGUGGUUAAACUUUUCAUCCAGGAAGGUGAAUGGUACAUUGGACUCUCUGACUCCUCCCCUAGAUCCAUCCCGAUGAAAGGACUAGGGAUCCAAGAGCGCCACGCUGUCUUCAAAAAUGAAUAUCGGCAGGUAACACUGACCCCACUGGCAGGGUCAAGGGUCAUCAUCAAUGGCACUACUGUCUACCAGACAACUGAGCUGCAGCACCUGGACCGGCUUAUCCUGGGUUCUAGCUGUACCUAUCUUUUCAUUGGGUAUCCAUCAGAGAGGGGUGGAGAUGAAUGGAGUCGUUAUGACUAUGAUUAUUUCCAAUCUGAGCUUGCAGCUGCUGAGGGCAUUCACCUAGGUGAGUCUGGAACUGGAUGUAGUCAGCCGGACCCGAGCCUGCUGGCUGUCUUCUACGACUACAUCAAACUGAUGCCCAUGGUGGCCGAGGCCAACCAAAUGAGUCAGGAGCUGAACAAGGGAGUGGAGUUUAAGCUGGAGAUCAAGAACCUGACACUGGCUGACUCAAAAGGUCACGAUCUGGAGAAAGACAUUGCUGUCAGAGUCACUUGUACAGAAAGUAAGCAGGUGUGGAUGUGGUCCAAGGCCAAAUUUGUCAACCGCAAGUUCCUGAUGGAAGAAGUCUACCAGCAGCACCAGGCUGAGCAGAAAUCAGAUCACCCUUUGCCCAGAGAUAAAGACCCGUUCUGGGAUCCAGUGGAGCCUUUGCUCCUGGGCACUGCUCAUCUUUGGCUCCAGUCUUUGGCCUUUCGCAUCGCUCUGGAAGAACAACUGGAGGUGCUGGGGUCAGAAGGCACAGAGGAAGCUGUUGUCCAGGCACAGCUGGUUCCCUGCACCUCCACUGGACUCCCACUGGAUGAAGAUGCCAUCCUGAUUGACCCGUCAGAGUUACUGGGUGCUCGACUGGACUUCCUGCUGGCCCUAGAACAAUGUUGUGGUAUCCGCUGGAUCAGAGAGGCCCGUAAUCGAGGUGUCCAAAUUGGUUUCAGGUUGUUUGACUCCAGCCAGCCUGUGUUCACUCCAGCUGUGUGGCACAAUGUCAACCCUCUGUUGGACCACAGAGUUCACUUCAUGUCUCUCCACACCUCCCAGUGCCUGCUGGAUUACCUGCAGAGCAGUGCUGUUGUUCUGGAACUAUGGGGUCUUCAAGAGGGCUGUAUGGAGUUGAGAUCAUCACUGGAGGGAGUGAGGAUGACUACUGAGGGCAUCUUCAUCAUCGACGAGGCCAGCUCGUCCGAUCCUGCAUUUGUGGAGCGUGCAGAGCUCAACUACUUCAUGAGAAAUCUUCAACAGGAGUUGGAGGAAGUGAAGGGUGUUAAUGCCUCGCUAAAAGAGGAGAAUAACCAUCUGAGAGAACAGCUCUCCACAGCCAGGAGCGGUGGGAGGUCAGUGCGUCCCAGCUGUGAUGCAGAAUUUGCUCGCGCUCUCAAAGUUUUUUACCACAGCAUGACCUCAGUCAGAGGCCAACUGCAGCGCCUGCGAAGACACCGGCCCAGCGAAGAAUGUGACCUGUUUGGACUCAGAGUCUUUGUGGAUGACCACAAUCGUCUGCUGAGAGAUUUCUCGGAACAGCUCGAAGAGAGUGUCUCUAUGCUGAAACAGGAUGUAGCCACCAUCGUCCGCAGGAAAAGAGAACAAUCAGGAAUCUGGUCCUAACCGAAUAGCUCGAAAACUUUGAAGGUGAAUGUGUCUUUUAUUUUUCUCAAUACACUGCAGCUUUUCAAGUGACAAAAAUGAGAUGUUUGAAUGUUGUGAUUCCAUGAUGAUUUGAACUAAAACUGCUUCCACAAGUUAUUCUGAAAUCUGUUUUUUGUGUCUUGAAUAAGAACUGGGAUCACUGAUGAAAAGAAGAACUUGGAUCA